GGCAGGGGCGUAAAGCGCGAACCUCGCUUCCUCUGUGAUGUUUAUGAAAUUUCACUCAAGGACCGCAGUCUCCUGUCCUCCUGCCAGUCAGUAUGAACUUCAUGGGCUGUUAUUGUGUUGGCCUGUAAUUCUCUUUCUGCCAGUUUUCCGCGAAAGGGGCUUUAAACUCUCAAGCUAACUUUUGUCGCCGAGUCAACACGGUGCGCUGCGGCUAGCUAGCAGGAGCUCUGUUCCUUAAAACGCAGCGGAGCGCAGCACCUGGCAUCAUGAAGCAGCUUCCACCAGAGACUGUGCGGCUUCUGUCCAGCUCCCAGGUCAUCACCUCUGUGUUGAACGUUGUGAAAGAACUGAUGGAGAACUCCAUAGAUGCUGGAGCUACAAGUAUUGACAUCAAACUGGAGAACUACGGGCUGGACCGGAUAGAAGUACGAGACAAUGGCCAUGGAAUCAAAGCUGCAGAUACGUCCGUGAUGGCCGUGAGACAUUUCACCUCAAAGAUCUGCAGCCAUGAGGACCUGGAGCAACUGGAGACAUAUGGUUUCCGGGGAGAGGCCCUGGGCUCCAUCUGUGCUGUGGCUGAGGUGUCUGUCAUCACGAAGACAGAGGAGGAUGACAUCAGCACCCAGUACAUGCUUGAUUUGACAGGAAACAUCGUCUCUCAGAAGCCGUCUCACUUGGGUCAGGGUACGACAGUCAGUGUGCUGAAGCUUUUCAAGAAUCUCCCAGUGAGAAGGCAAUACUACACCAGUACAAAGAAGUGUAAGGAGGAGCUGAAGAAAGUGCAGGACCUGCUGAUUGCCUACGCUGUUAUAAAGCCUGCCUUGCGGUUCACACUCACUCACAAUAAGGUGGUGGUUUGGCAGAAAGCCAAGGCGGCCGAUCACAGAAGUGCCCUCCUAGCUACACUGGGGCCCAGCGCUGUUGCCAACCUGCUCCCUUGCCACCAUCACCAAGAGCAACCAGAGAUUUUGUUAGAUGGCUUUUUCCCCAAGCCUGGAGCGGACUACUGUUCUACAAGCUCAACUAGCCACGACAAAACAUUAAUAUUUGUCAACGAUCGGCCUGUCCACCAAAAAGAUAUAAUUAAGUUGUUGCGUCAACACUACACGGCUCAGUAUCCAGCAGACUCAACCCGAAAUCGCUAUCCCAACCUCAUGCUUAAAAUCAUCGUCCCACCCUCCUCAGUGGACGUCAACGUGACACCCGACAAGACCCAGGUUCUUCUUCAUGACAAGGAGGCUGUGCUGACUGCAGUAGAGGCACUGCUGGUUUCUCUCUACGGCUACAGACCAACUACUGAGCCCCCACCUGGGGAACAGCUCAAACCACCCAGUCCCUUACAAACUUCACCUUUAGACAACAGGAGAGGUGCAGAGAGGGAUAACAGUCUCACUAACGGCAAUGCUGAUGUCCCCAAAGAUGCACCAAAAGACUGUGGCACAGCUCUGUCAACAGGGACGAGCACUGAGGCAUCAGUGGACCACCAGACCACAAACAGCAGCUCCUCGUCCUCUGUGGCAGAGGACUGGAUUGUCACUCACAUGCCAGGAGGGCCCAACUGUAAUUUAUCUCUCUUUGAUGAUGAAAUGGCUCUGAGCUGCCCUGAAACAACAGGAAUGAAUUUAGCAAGCGAAUCCCCCGAGAAACCCAUGGACAAUGCGGUGUUAGGUGCAGAUGCAGGCCAAGGCCAGUUAUCAGCUGAGGACUGGAGCAGGGGGACCGCUUUGACAGACCCGCUGUCAGGAGACCCACUACAGCCGGUCCGAAUCCAUCAGCCCUCCAGGCACAAUACUUCUGACUCGGCCGAGGUCAAGGGCCUGAGCAGCCCGAACAGAAAGAUGCUCAAUGCCAUAACAGAAAAGCGGGCUGCUCUUACAGCCUACGACCUGAUAAGCAACCGUGCCAUGAGGGCACCGCUGUCUCCCGCGGCCUUGUUCGAGCGGGAGGCCAGAGCCGAGGUGCUGAGGGAGAAACCCACAGCCAGCCUCCAGGAUAUCAGCGCCGCUGUUCACGAGAGAUGGAAAAACCUGGGGGAGGAAGAGCGUAAGAAGUAUGUGGAGAAGGCAAAAAAGCACCUGCAGCAGCAUGACCAGCGGACCAAGUUGGCCUCUGCUGAAGGCGUGAGAGAGCCCGAGAGGCAGCCAAGUGUGGGCACCCCGAAGAGCCAACUGCAGGGCCAAAAGCGCAAGGCCCCACUCUCGAACCAGCAGCUGCUGGAUCAGCUCUUCACUGCACAGCCCCAGAAGAAGACGAGGAGCCCUGCGCCCAAGCCCUCACAACCCCUCCCCUGCAGCGUGGCUGCCCUUCGGCUGCAGCUUCAUCGCCUCUCAUCCCAGAGCAGCUCGGCACCACUGGGCCUCCGUCUUGUAAACCGGCUGGCCUCUCAGGGUGCUUGGGUCGUUUUAUGUGGUCGAAAGCUCAUGUUGUUAAAUCCAUUUCGGGUGGAGGAGGCCUUGCUGUUUAAGAGACUUCUAGAGAAUAAUAUACUUCCAGCAGUGAGUCUGCAGAGCCCCGUACAGUUAACAGAUGGGGUUCUAGGAGGAGCUGAAUAUACUCAGGCUCUGUGCAACAUGGAGAAACAAAGUCCAGAUCUGAACGGAGGUUCAUUCUUCUCUGAUGCCAGGCUUGUGGCAAAUGGCUUUCAAAUCAGAUUCACUCCAGGCCUCCAGUCAGCGGAGAGACAUCUGGAAGUGACAGCAAUGGCAGACUGUGUGCCUUUCCUCGGUGUGGAGGACCUCAGGGAGAUCCUGAAGGCAGUUGUGCACAGGAAAGCGAAGACUGUGCAGGAGUGCCGGCCACUCAAAGUCACAAACUACCUUCAAGGUGAAGCUGUUCGACUUGCCCGUCAGUUGCCUACAAAUUUGACCAGGGAAGAUGUGGAGGAAAUCCUUUUGCGGAUGCAGCAGCAGCUUGGUGAGAACAACCACACCUGCAUCCACAAACGGCCAUUUCUGCAGCACCUGUCUGACAUCCCCUCCACCGACCAGGAAGCCAAGGCUCUGCUCAGGCCUUUGGAGCUGUAAAGAGUAGACGCAAUCAUGGAAAUUCACAGUUAUUGUACAUAAAUAUUUAUCAACUAUGACCCUUUUGAAAUACGUUUUUAGGCGGUUAACUAUUUCCAAACCAUGCUACUAGAAUUAUUUUCAUCCCACUCUUCUGCUGUUCAACAUUACUUCAUUUGUAAUAAAUAAAUGUUGUUUUUUACA